CACACCUUACCAAUUUCCCAACUUUCUCUGCUCUUCCUUUCCAAGCUUGAUUCUUUUCAUUGAAUCUCUUCUCUACUCUCUCUCUCUCUCUCUCUACCUCUGUAGCUCCGUUUGCCUCCAAUUGUAGGCCACCUGCCUCUUUAUUUCCUCACGGCAGCUAAAAACAAUGUCUUCUUCGUUAAUCCCAAAGCUCUCCAUUCUCACGAUAAAUUCAUCACCACCACUUUCAAUUUCGUAAAAACAACAAACCAAACACGCACUCUCCCUGUCACUUCUCUCUGCUUCCAAAACCAUGGCUCCGAUCAAAAUCAAGCAAUCGCCAAAUCCCACAGCUCAAACUCUUACCAGUACGACGUCAUCUCAGGAGGCGCGUCUCCUUGUCCUUGAAACGCUCCGUAUUAGUGCUAACUUGGCUUCAGCUCCGGCUCCUCCGGCAAUGUCUCAGCCUUCUUCUAUUUCUUCUUAUUCGCCUGUUCCUUCUACGGCUCAGUCCGUUUCUUUGAUUGAUAAUAGUAGGAGAUUAGGGCUUGUGGAAGAUGAAUUUAUUGAUUCCAGCUUGAGAUUGAUCUGCUGUGAGGAAGUUGAUGGCCGGAGAUGGAAGUACUUGGCGGAAAAUGACGGCGGCGGACGUUUUAAGAAGAAUUCGAUUCGUGCUGUCAGUUUGCAGACACCUCAAGCUCCUGUUGAGGAAGUAAUGUCAUUCAUAAGAUCCUACGUAGUGCCAGAAGGUUUUCCUGAUAGUGUCAUUCCAUCUUAUGUGCCAUACAUGACUUGGAGAGCUUUGAAGCACUUCUUUGGUGGAGCAAUGGGUGUUUUCACAACAAAAGCACUUUUGAGUUCAGUUGGAGUGUCUAAAAGCAAAGCUAUUCCUGGUGCUGUCGCUAUCAAUUGGAUUCUGAAGGAUGGUGCCGGGCGUGUUGGGAAAAUGCUUUUUGCACGACAAGGAAAGAAAUUUGAUUAUGAUCUAAAGCAGCUGCGGUUUGCGGGUGAUCUUCUCAUGGAAUUGGGUGCUGGGGUGGAGCUGGCAACUGCAGCUGUCCCACACCUUUUUCUGCCCUUGGCUUGUGCAGCUAAUGUGGCAAAGAAUGUUGCGGCUGUAACAUCAACAUCAACUAGAACACCAAUUUACAAAGCCUUUGCUAAAGGAGAAAACAUUGGGGAUGUUACUGCAAAAGGAGAAUGUGUUGGCAAUCUUGCAGAUUUGCUUGGAACAGGCCUUAGCAUAAUGAUUGCAAAAAGAAACCCUAGCUUGUUUACCACAUUUGCCUUCCUUUCAUGCGGCUAUGUUCUCAGCUCUUACCAAGAGGUUAAAUCUGUAGUGUUGCACACCUUGAACCGGGCCAGAUUCAGUGUGGCAGUGGAUUCUUUUCUUAAGACAGGGCGAGUGCCCUCGUUGCAGGAGGGGAAUAUGAAGGAAGAUAUAUUCAGCUUUCCAUGGUUGAAGGAUAGGCCUAUUGUUCUAGGACCAAGAUUUAAAGAAGCAUUUCAAGACCCAAGUGCAUAUCUUGCAAUCCAGCCUCUAUUUGAGAAAGAGAGAUAUAUAGUGACUUACAAUCCAUCAAGGGAUACGAUUUAUGCAUUGCUCAAGGAUCAAGCAAAGGCAGAUGACAUUCUAAAAGCAGCAUUCCACGCUCAUGUGCUUUUGCAUUUCAUACAAUCAUCAAAUAAUGGUCAUUCUUCAUCACGGAAGCAACGAGAAUCUGGUCGUUCUAACUAUAUUCUCUCGGCUAAUGAUUUAGAGGUUCAUAUUGCCGAGUCAUGCAAAAUGGUCUCAACACUGUAUGAUCCUUUCAAAAGUAAAGCUGCAGAGCAAGGUUGGAGGAUGUCAGACUCACUUCUUAAUCCUGGCCGAGCCAGACUCAUAGCAACUUGUUAAAUGGGAAGCUUUCUCUUGAGACAUAUCUCUGCGGAUAGUCAGGAGUUGACCUGUCUAGUACUCAAACUGCAUUCAAACUGUGGACAUGUCAACCAUCAAACUGUUAAAAGCAUAUACAUAACAAAGAGGCUAAGAAUACAGCAAUUGGACCAUGGGAACCAUGGGUUCACUAAAGAUUGGUCAGCCCUCUCUGUUAAACACCCAAAUACUUUUUGCUGUGCACAAUCUUCGUUUUUUCAUGUACACUUGGAAGUGGUGAGAUGAAGUUUUGAGUUCUAGGAAGGAGCUGUUAGCAUGGUAUAGUCUGAAGUUGCAUUAUGGUAAUGGUAAAUAUCCAGAAACAAUUCACUUUUUUUUUUCUCCAUUAUCUUUCUCAGUUUUGAAGGUUCCAUUUUGUUUGUUAUUUAUCAUCCUUCAUUCUGUUUUUCUUAUUAAGUUACAUUGGAUAGCAACUUUGUCUUGAAAACUCAUUUUUGUGUAGAAUACAAAAAUGCCUUGCAAUAUCAGCAACUUUUUCCAUUUCUA